AUGCUAACUAACAAUAAAUUCCCAUUAAAUAUACAAAAUAAACAUUUAGUAGAACUUAUAUAUAAAAAGUGUAUUUUAUUAAAUUAUAUGGAUUCUUAUAAUUUUAUUAAAAUAAACGAUAAAAUAUAUAAAUCUGAUGUUAGUGCUAAUAUUAAACAUAUGUAUAUAAAAAAUUUUUACAAAAUAUCUAGUCAUAUAUAUUUAAAACAUAAAGAAAUAAAAAAUAUGAACAAAAAUUUAAAAUCAGGAGUUUUACUGUUAUCUACCCCUAUCGGUAUUUUAACUAGUAAAAAGGCUGAAAUACUUAGAACAGGAGGAGUAUUAAUUUGUUAUAUAUCAUAA